UCGCUUUUCGCGUCCCUUUGGCUCCUUGCUCUUAGAGUCUCAGAACCUUACCAGUAGAGAGAAAAAAGAAAAGCAGCCAAGCUCAGCUCAGCUCAACAAAAAGUUGAAAACUGAGAUUAAAAAAUCCAUCUUUCUCUAACAUUUUUGUGUGUACAUGCUUUUAAACUCGUUCAAUUAACUCUUACUCAGUUGAGCUUAACUUCUAUGGCUAAUAAUCCCAACGACCCUCCCACCGACGAUUUCCUGGAGCAAAUCCUCGGCCUCCCGAAUUUCGGUUCGGCUGAGUCCGGCUUGUCGGCUCCUGACGGCGGCUUGGGUUCGACUGCUGGAGCUGCCGCGCCGAUGAUGCUGCAGCUGAGCUCUGGUGACGGCUCCAGCCACAUCUCGGCGCUUGGAAGCGGAGUGAGCGGUGGGUUUCACGGACAGGUUUUUCCGUUAGGUUUGAGUUUGGAGCAAAGUAAAGGAGGGUUUCUGAAGCCUGAAGAAGCUUCGGGAAGUGGAAAACGGUUUCGUGAAGAACUCGUUGAAGGGAGAGCUUCUACUGUAAAAAAUGUGUACCAUGGACAACCAAUGCCCACAACUGUUCCUGCAGCUCCACAUCCUCCAGCAAUGCGCCCUAGGGUGCGAGCUAGGAGAGGACAGGCCACAGAUCCACACAGCAUUGCUGAACGACUGCGGCGAGAAAGAAUAGCAGAACGAAUCAGGGCGUUGCAGGAAUUAGUCCCUACUGUUAACAAGACAGACCGAGCUGCUAUGCUUGAUGAAAUUGUAGAUUAUGUGAAGUUUCUGAGGCUCCAAGUUAAGGUUUUGAGCAUGAGUAGAUUGGGCGGAGCUGGUGCAGUGGCUCCACUAGUAACAGAUGUACCACUAUCAUCUGUUGAGGAUGAGUCUGGGGAAGGUGGAAGACACCAACCAGCCUGGGAGAAAUGGUCAAAUGAUGGAACAGAAAGGCAGGUAGCAAAGCUGAUGGAAGAAAAUGUUGGAGCUGCAAUGCAGUUUCUUCAAUCGAAAGCUCUGUGCAUAAUGCCUAUCUCUUUGGCAACGGCAAUUUACCAUACUCAACCUCCAGAUACCUCUCCUAUAGUCAAGCCAGAGACUAAUCCUCCUUCAUAGAUUUUAAGCAAAAGGGCAUUUCCUCCUCCCUCUCAUGGUCCCAUCUAAAAAGCUCACUAACUUGUCCAGGGUCCCACUCCCACAUUUCCACAAAAUAAGUUGUUCACUGGCUUCAAAUUGCAAUCAAAGUCAGAUGCCAUAGCUCUUUGCUUUUUUCCUUUCUUUUCUUUUUUCUUUUUUCUUCCAUUUCUUUACAGCUUUUGUCAAACAGGGUUUUGAUGUCAAUGCCUUAAAAAAUACAGGCAGCUCCUUGAUGUCUUUACCAUGCUCAAGUAAAGAAGAGGAAUUGUCAAAGCUCUCUUGAUAUGCUCUGCUUUUCUGCAUCACUAGUGGGGGUGGUAGUGGAAAACGAUGGAAGCACAAGCACUUUUGUAGUGGGCCUCUAAUUUUUGUUAGUGGAACAUGGGACCUCCUAAAAGAGGUAGAUAAGUAUAUAAAUUUGUAUCACUGUAAUUUAGAUGAAAUGAAGAAGAGAUAGAAUGGAUAAUGGUUGGUUGUUUGAAAAUUCCGGGGCCUCGGAAUAGAAAAUUAUAGUGCCUACUUUGGUUUA